CUACAAGCCUCUCUCACACACACACACAUCGUUGUCCAAACAAGAUCGGCGCGGCUCACGCGGCCUAGCUCGCCGGCCUAACGAGGCCGGAUAUUCCUUAACCUAGCUAGCUAACAGCUAACUAGAUAGAUCGAUCCAUCAGCUGGCAGCCAUGAAUAUGAUCAGGGCAGUACGGCGCCGGUUCACCGUCGGCCACCUGGCUACGGCCAAAGACCCCGCCACGCUGCGCCACGCGGCCGCCGAACUCCUCGCCACCGCCAUCUUCGUCUUCGCCGCCGAGGGUGCCACGCUCUCUCUCGGGAGGAUGCACCACCAUGACAAGGGCGGCGGCGGCCUGGUGGCGGUGGCGCUCGCGCACGCCCUCGCGCUCGCGGCCGCAGUGGGGUGCGCCGCCAACAUCUCCGGCGGCCACGUCAACCCGGCCGUCACCUUCGGCGCGCUGCUCGCCGGCCGGAUCUGCCUCGUCCGCUCCCUCGUCUACUGGGCCGCGCAGCUGCUCGGCGCCGUCGCCGCCGCGCUCGUGCUCAGGCUCGCCACCGGAGGGAUGCAUCUGCCGGAGUACGCGCUGGCGGGGGGCGUGAGCGGAUGGAACGCGGCGGUGCUGGAGGCGGCCAUGGCGUUCGGGCUCAUGUACGCCUACUUUGCGACGGUGAUGGACAAAGCGCGGAGGGUCCGCGCCGGCGCCGGAGCGCUGGCGGCGCCGCUCGCCGUGGGGCUUCUGGCGGGGGCCAACGUGCUGGCCUGCGGCGCGCUGGAGGGCGCCGUGAUGAAUCCGGCGCGCGCGUUCGGGCCCGCCGUCGUGGGCUCCCGUCGCUGGAGACACCAAUGGGUGUACUGGGUGGGGCCCAUGGUCGGCGCCGGCCUCUCCGGCGUCGUCUACGAGCACCUCGUCGCCGGCCCGGCCGCCGAGGAGGAGGAGCCCGCGCCGAGCUGCGGCGACCGCCGUCGUGCGUAGAGGACUACAUGCAUGCAGGAGCAGCAGGACGUCGUCGUCGUCCCCGCUCCUCGGAAUCUUCUGAAUAAAAAAAACAGCUUGCAUGCGUGC